AUGACAAACGUAUUCGAAUCAUCAAAUAUUUUAAAAAUGGAGGAAAAAAAAGAUGAAAAUCAAAAUAUUAUUUUUCUUAAAUGUUGCGCCGUUAAAAAAAUGGAUGUUGGAAAACCUAAAAGAACACCAGGAAAACCAUUGAUAAAAAAUACGAUUAAUAAAAAAAAAGAAGGAGUUUCCGGUAAUAGCAGCGUAACGAAAAAAUUGGAAAAAGCAAGCGACAUAAAACUUCCUAAAUAUGAAAAAGAUUUAAAAACUAUUGAAUUUAUUAAAGAUUCAAUAAGAGGUAAUGAAUUUUUAAAAGAUGGAUUAUUUGCGAGUCCAAAUAUUAUAAAAGCUGUUGUCGAUGCCAUGUACAUAAAAAGUGUACCUGCAAAUGAAUAUAUCAUAAGAGAAGGAGAAGUUGGUUUUCAUAUGUAUGUCGUUGCAAAAGGUUCCAUUGAUGUAUUUAAGGGAGAUGUAAAAGUUAAUACUUUGGGACCUAAAAAGGUUUUUGGAGAAUUAGCUUUGUUAUAUAAUUCAAAAAGAAAUGCAACCAUUUUGGCAAAUACCGAUUGUGAUUUUUGGGUUUUGGAUCGUAAAAUUUUUCUUCAAAUUAUGAAAAAAUCUGGAAUGCAAAUGACGGAAAAUAGAGUUAAAUUUUUAAGAAGUGUUCCUCUAUUAAGUUCUUUAAAUACCGAAGUUUUAGUUAAAAUGACCGAUUUGCUUAAAUUGCGCACAUACGCUGCCGGAAGUGUUAUUUUAAAACAAGGAGACGAAGGAAGUUUAUUUUAUAUAAUAACAGGAGGAACUGUAUCCGUUACCAUUACUCAACCAGACGGAACCGUAAAACAAGGUCCGAUUUUAAAAACUGGAGAUUUUUUCGGUGAAAAAGCUUUAUUGAAAGAUGAAAAAAGGGCAGCAACCGUCAUCGCACAAGAACCAGGAGUCGAAUGUCUGACAUUGGAUAGAAUUCAUUUUAUCGAAUAUUUGGGAGGACUUCAAGAAGUGAGAGAUGCUAAUUUCGAUAAAAAAUUUAGCCUAGAAAAAAAUGACGCAUCUGGUAUUAUUAUUAUUAAUAAAAUCUUAAAGAAAAUCUUUUUUGUUUUGUACUUGAAACAUUUAAAUUGUCUUACAGAGUUUAGUCAUUUAUUAUUGGAUGAUUUAGAAAUAAUUGGUACCAUAGGAGUUGGUGCAUUUGGUAGGGUGGAAUUUGUCAAAUGUAAAAAUGAUAAAAAUAUAGUUUUUGCAUUAAAAUGUGUUAAAAAAAUUGACGUUGUUGCUUUGGGCCAGGAACAGCACAUGCAUAACGAAAAAGAAAAUAUGAUGAUGUGUAGAAGUCCGUUUAUUGUCAGAUUGUACAAUACAUAUAAAUCGAGUAAAUAUGUAUAUUUUUUAAUGGAGUUCUGCCAGGGGGGAGACGUAUGGAGUUUAUUACAAAAAAAAAAAUUUUUUGACGAAUCGUUAGCCAGAUUUAUAACGGGUUGCAUGGUUGAAGCUUUUGAAUAUCUUCAUGCCAGGGGAAUCGCUUACAGAGAUUUGAAACCUGAAAAUGUAAUUUUCGACGCCAAAGGAUAUGCUAAAUUGGCCGAUUUUGGAUUUUCAAAAAAAUUAAAACCAACUGAAAAAACUUGGACUUUUGCGGGUACUCCAGAAUACGUAGCUCCAGAAAUUAUUCUUAAUGAAGGACAUAAUAGAGCGGUAGAUUACUGGACGUUAGGAAUUUUCAUUCAUGAACUUCUCGUUGGAAAGCCACCAUUUAGAGGACACAAUCAUUCUCAAACGUAUACAUUAAUAUUAAAAGGAAUCGAUAGCGUUUUAUUUCCCAGACUGAUAAGCAAAACGGCACAAAUUUUAAUAAAAAAAUUAUGUAAAAGGGCUCCUGCGGAAAGGUUAGGGUUUCAAAGGGAAGGAGUGACAGACAUUAAAAAACACAGGUGGUUUCAAAAUUUUAAUUGGGAAGCGUUAGAAAAAACAUUACUCGUCUCUCCUCACGUACCCAAGUUAAAAGGAACAACAGAUCUUUCAUAUUUUGAUAAAUAUCCUAAAGAUAAAGAAAUUCCACCUGAUGAAUUCGGAGACUGGGAUUCUGAAUUUUAA